GUCCCAGUCGCCAUCCUCCGCAGCCUCUUCCGCUGUCUCACUUUUCCUGCUUCCCACUGCCACAUUUCUGACUUUGCUUUGAUCCUUUUCAAUGGUGUUUUGCGUGAGUUGAGAUAUCGGCAUCUUUAGCCAAUCCAUCUCGUCCGUUCGUUACAAGUGGUCCAACAUGUCUCGAGUUGACAUCAAUAGUCUCGCUUCCCCGCGAAUUCCAAAACUUCAAGUCAGAAAUCGCACACCGUUGGACCAGGCAUCAAUAUUGACAACCUCGAGCGGAGAGCCGAAAGAAAGCGAAGACCCCGACGCCAUCACUUCAAUAGUCCCACGAGACGAGAAUCCUCUUCGUCACUCUACCGGGAGCUCAUCUUCACGUCUAAACUUGGAACGCAAACCAUCCGCAACUACGACUCUUGCUAGCAAUGUCUCCAGCUCUGUAUCGAAAAGCCCGAAGAAAGGAAAGAAAAAGGGCCCCUCUGUAUUUGGCUUUUUGACAUUGAAAGAACCCUCACAAACGGCGCUUGAGCAGUUCGCUGAGAGGACACGCCAGCAAGCCGCUGAAAAGGCUGGAUCACACAAUAUGGGCCGCAUCAGCGCCGUGGGACUACCCGGCGUGUCUACCCAAAAACUGCCACCAACGGUUCCCAAGGUCAAUUCAAAAUGGGAUGGAAUCCCAGAGUCCGUCAAGGCUAAAGAGGCGGCACAACGCAAAAGCAUAUCCAUGUCUAAACGAGGCAGCCAAACACUAGAAGGCACAUAUAGCACCAGGUUCAUGAACCACUCGAAUGGCAGUUUCAACCCUCCCCACUCGCUCGCAUCAUCAGCUGGCUCUCUAAAGAACGCACAAAGGCCGCCAUCCCUCACUCCGAGUGUUUCCAGUUCAGGAAGCGGACAGAGAGACCUCGUACUGCGCUAUGCAAAUCGACCUGUCGGUAUAUUUGACCCCGCAGCAGCUGGACUCAAAACUAGGGCGUCUUUGACAUCGCCAUCCAUGUCCUCUUUGCCCGAGAUUUCCUACUUCUUUCCGAGCGAUGCGCAUGGACCUAGUGGAGCUACUGAAGGAACUCCACCCGAUAAUCAACCAAUGACACCCAAAGAUCUGUCACUAGACACAACCUCCAAGGAUUCGAAGGUCGUAUCCACCAGUGUUGAUGAUGUUGCCUGGGUGGCGCGAUCGCCGACGUUGGUUGACUUCAGUACUGACUCAAAGAUUGUGGACACGCAAACCAUUAUGAAGAGAAUAUCAUUGAAUCAGGGCUUCCUUGCAGGAGAAGCACAAGAAGUGGUUUUACCAGACGAAGACGAUGAAUCAGUUCUGGGGCCGCCAUCAGUGGUGGAUGAUACAGCCAGUGAAGUGAACGCAGAGCCGCUGCUGAACCCCGAGUCUACAACUGGAAUGGAGCCCACAGCAGGAUAUCUGCUAUUAACGAAUGAACCGGCCCCAACAGGCGAACUAGAGACGGUGCUUGAAGCAAUAGAGCCAGGACUAGAAUUAUCUAAGUUAAAGGAUUCUCGAUCAGAAUCAAAAGAUUCUCCGGUCGCAGAUACACCAGCAAUCCCGACAAAGAAUCCAAAUCGCUACUCCUCGCCCACAUCGCCAGCAAGCACGCGCACCAACUUCAGCCGCCCGCUCUCUUACCAGCCACCUCUAGAAACGAAAGUCCCUUCACGGCCCUCGAGCGCUAGGACUAUCCUGCCGACCUCGUCUUUGGAUACACCUACUAUUCUAGAAGCCACUACAACGGAUGAAGCUGUUGUUAACGUCGCCCCGUCGAACCGGAACAACCACUUCCGACAGUACAGCAUCGAUGACACGGCAUCAAUAGCAGAUUCCGUGGCCGCUAGCUCCAUCGCGCCAUCUGAGAUGAGCGCGCGAUGGUUUCAGUCGCCGCGCGAGCGGCUUGGGCUCGGAGGUAGAAUCAAAAAGAACGACGUGCUGCCCUGGGAGAUGGGGCUUGGCGAGCGGGAUGCGGCGGACAGAAAGAAUAGUAAGCGGAACAGGCUGAGUCUGUUUGGGAAGAGCGCAGCUUGAUUGAUAUUCACGUGAAAGACGAUGGAAAUGAGCCCAGGGUUAUGAUUUUUCCGCAGGGCGCUUUGCAGGCGCAUCAGACGUACUUCAACGAAUAUGCCGACGAGGUGCGGUUCCGGGGUUUUCUAGAACUGUUUUGGGAUUGGAUUUAAUGAAUCAGCUAUAAAUGGAAAAAGGGUAAUGUUUGCUGGGUUUCUUUCUCGCCGAGACUUUUCUUGUUUCUCAGGCUUGGUGUGGUUGGAUUUUUGAAUACCCAGUCGCGCCAGCGGCAAUACUUUUGGCCCUGGGCUUGAUGAAGUAGAUGCCGGACAUAAUAUAAUGUGGAAUAUCGCUUAUACGCAAUUUGAUCUCUCAUCAGCUGCCGACGACUAUUCUACAUCUUGAC